CAGACGGAAAAGUGUAUUUUCCAAAUAUAAUUAAAAAACUUUUGCCGGUAAUAUGGAUUACAGACCCAAUUCUCUCUCCCAAACCCCUCCGAAGUCUAAACCACCCCAGAAAUCGUCGAGGAGAAGACGCUCUGAUGGAGGAAGAAUUGUGAAAUGGAAACUGAAGGAAGUUUCGAAAACCUGCUGAGAUGGGCGGCGGAUCGUGGAAUUUCAGAUUCUGUCGACAAAGAGAGUUCAAAUUCUUGUCUGGGUCGUUCUUUAUGCGUCUCUCUCUUCCCUGAUGCUGGCGGGAGAGGUUUAGGGGCUGUGCGUAAUCUUAACAAUGGAGAAUUAGUACUGAGAGUUCCAAAAUCUGUCUUGUUUACGACCCAAAGUUUGCUGUUGGAAAAUGAGAAGCUCUCCAUGGCUCUGAAGAGAUACCCAUCUCUUUCUUCUACUCAGAAAUUGACCUUCUGUUUACUCUAUGAGAUUGGUGAAGGGAGCAAUUCUUGGUGGUUUCCUUACUUCAAGCACUUGCCUCAGAGCUAUGACAUACUGGCAACUUUUGGAGAAUUCGAAAAGCAAGCCCUGCAGGUGGAUUAUGCCAUCUGGGCAACAGAAAAGGCCGCUUUGAAGUCUCAUACGGAGUGGAGAGAAGUUAAAGGACUUAUGGAAGAUUCUAAUGUUAAAAGGCAACUUCAAACAUUCAAGGCAUGGCUUUGGGCCUCUGCAACUAUAUCAUCUAGGGCAUUGUAUGUACCAUGGGAUGAGGCUGGAUGUCUAUGUCCAGUUGGUGACUUGUUUAAUUAUGCUGCACCUGAGGGAGAGUCCCUUGAUAUUAGGGAUGUCUCAUCUUUUUCACAACAUGCUUCUUCGGGUGGAGACAUGACUACUGACGAGUUACACGAAGAGCAGGGGGAUACUCAGCGGGCUUUGACCGAUGGUGGAUUUGAUGAAAAGGUCUCUGCAUACUGCUUUUAUGCAAGGGAAAGUUAUAAGAAGGGACAGCAGGUUCUUUUAAGCUAUGGUACAUACACAAACUUAGAGCUUCUUGAAUAUUAUGGGUUUAUUCUACAGGAAAAUCCAAAUGACAGAGUUUUUAUACCUUUGGAACAUGACAUCUACACUACCAGUUCUUGGCCUAAGGAGUCUCUUUAUAUUUGUCAAAACGGAAACCCAUCUUUUGCUCUACUUUCCGCUCUGAGAUUAUGGGCAACCCGCCCGAACAAACGUAGAGGUGUUGGACAUCUUGCUUAUGCUGGGUCACAACUCUCCGUCGAUAACGAAAUGUCUGUGAUGCAGUGGUUAUCAAAGAACUGCCAUACUGUUUUAAGCAAUCUGCCAACAUCGGUUGAAGAAGACAGACGACUUCUGUGCAACAUCUGCAAAGUCCAGGAUCUGCAGAUACCGAGGGGACUCGGGAAGAUGCUAUCGACUUAUGGUGGUGAGUUUUGUGCUUUCUUGAAGACCAAUGGUCUGAUGAACGGAGAUGAAGCCGAGUUACGUUUAACCGGGAAAGUAAAGCAUUCUCUGGAUAGAUGGAAAUUAGCAGUCCAGUGGAGGAUCUCGUACAAGAAGGCUUUGAUUGAUUGCAUAAGUUACUGCACCAGAACUAUUAGUUCUUUAUCUUAAUCUGGGUCUGAGUCUAACUUCUCAUGAUCCACUGCGGAACUUGUUCCUUCCCAUUCUAUUAAAUGAACUUUAUGGGGAUGAAAAAAAGGUUUGUUACUUUCAAAGUUCAAUGUCAAAAAAGAAAGGUGGAUGUCUCAAUUCUAUAGAAAUAUUGUUGGAAAUAUUGGCAAAAUGUCAAUAUCAAAUACAAAUUAUUUAAAUUAAAAUGUUUGUUAUGAA